CAAAUAACUUGAUUCGCUUCGUUAUUCCGAAGUGUUGUAGACGUGUUUUUUGCGCGCUCCGUGCGGGAUUUUUUCGACCGGUAAGAAGAAGAGGGAGAGAAGGCGGGCGUGUAAAAACGACGACGACGAUUCCGGGGUUUUCGGGUGCGCGAGGAAAAAGCGGACUCAUCUCGGCGGUAGUCUUUUUUGUCCGGCCGUACCGAACGGACGACGUCCGAGGUCCUCUUGAGGGUAGAACGCGCGCGACGAUCCGGUUGACCGGUUCUUCUGGCCACCUUUUUGACGUUUUUCGGGAACGUGAAGAUAUUCUUUUUUUUUCGCUUGUGGUGUGAGCGCGAGUGAGUGAAAGAGAGAGCGGAGGAAUAUUAGGGAAUUUUUGUCGCAAUUACCGCGCGAUAAUGAGUAACGAGGUCAGGACCGGUUGACAGAACGCGUCGUCCAAGGAGGCCUUGCUAAUCAGCGAUUGCUCACGCGUGAGUGUGUGUGAGAGUGCGUGACAGUUGCGGUGACGAGUAGAGCGCGUCGUACACUGUCAAACGUUCGCGAAUUCGUAAAAGGGCGGAGAAACGUCAUCGAGGAGGAAGAGAAUAAAAAAAAAAUGUAAACAUCAUUAGUGUUUGUGAACAAAAAGUGUAAUAAUAAUUGUGUCAAUCAGUUUUUAUUUCCCCGGCAAUCGAUUUCGUGCAGUAAUGUUGUUGAUCGAUUGAGGAAUCCAACCCCAGUGUGGAAAUUGACCAAGUGAAGUGCCGGGAAGACGAGUUGCGGGUUUGUUCAUUCAUGAAAACGUAUUACACGUUACGUGCAGGAUCCGGGGCGCCAGCAGCAUUUGUAAACUCGAAUUGAUUCCUGCCGUAGCAGCGGCUCUACUUUGAAUAUCUGAGAUUUUAUCACAUACACGGCGAAAACCAGACCAGACGUCGGGUAAUGACACCGCAAGUAAUAACGGAAUCGCAUGUUUUGUCCCAUUGACAAGCAAUUCACGGUGCAUACACAGUAAACGAGACCUAGGCAGGGAGUGUUCUAAAACCGGGGGCGGCGAUGUCCCAUCGCUUGUUGUGUCAACUUUGGGGAGUCAAGUUUGCGAGUAGUGAGAACCUGCGGGAAGUAACGGUAAUUGUGGAAGCAGUGGUGACGGGGGCAGGAGCAGUUCCGACGAGAUAUGUAUCCCUGGUAUAGAGAGGCACCGCUAAGUGUUGGACAGAUUUGCAGUCCGCUGACGGUGGCGGCAGCAGCAGGGACGACGACCAUCAAAACUGAAACGGGCUACGGCGAUUGUAUGCUGGACUUUCACAGUAAGAAAACUCCAUCAUCUUUCCCCUGGCUAUCGGACGCCACCAACAACAACGACUACUCCAAAGCCAACAACAACAACAAUACCAGCAGCAACAGUACUAGUAACAACUCCCACCACCCACAAGGUCACCACCUGCAUCACCACCAUCACCACCACCACCUGCACGGCCUCGGCACCCCGAAUCCUGCUCUGUCCUGCCGGGAAGACUCCAAGUCGGCCGCCGCCAGCUGUGCCGGAUCACCGCGACACCACCCGGGCCAGAACCCGAACCACCCCGGAGGUCACCACCAUCCGGUGUCCUCGUCUUCUUCGGCAGGCGCCUCCGAGGGAGCAACUCCCGACUCCGGCAGCACGACGGCGACGACCGCGGCCAUUCCGAACUUCAACCAGAUGCCGGUGCCGGGCUCGGUCCAGGGCGCCCAGAACCCCACCCAGGGGCUGGUCCACUGGAUGAGCGCGGUGAUGGCCGAGCACAUGACGUCGAACUCGCACCACGAUCCGGCCUCCGUCGGGAUGCACUACAUGUGGAACGGGCCGGUUGAGCAAUGUGGCCAGCACACCAAGGACAUGGACGCCUACAGUGGAUGGCCCGCGCCAAGAAACCACAUGUCGAUGAAGCAAGGAUACGAGGCCAAAAUGAACGCAGUCGAUCAUCACCACCACCACCAUCACAACAAUCUGCAAAAAGGCCACAUGAUUGACGAUGGACGGCUGCUGGACCACCACGGAAUGCAAUCGGCCGCCCAAAUGAGCCAGAUUUACGGGGCGCGAGGUGCAGUUAGUAACGGCUCGCCGGGAGGACAUCACCACGUGCACCCCAACUCGGCGGCAGCCCUUCUGGUCGUGCCACAGCCCAUCAACGCGACAAAGAUCGGGACCGGGUUGCCGAACGGAACGGGCCGGAAGUACCAGUGCAAAAUGUGUCCACAGAUCUUCACCUCGAAGGCGGAUCUGCAGCUGCACACGCAGAUCCACAUGCGCGAGGCGAAACCGUACAAAUGUUCGCAGUGCAACAAGGCGUUCGCCAACUCGAGCUAUCUGUCGCAGCACACGCGGAUACACCUCGGCAUCAAGCCGUACCGCUGCGAGAUCUGCCAGCGCAAGUUCACCCAGCUGAGCCACCUGCAGCAGCACAUCCGGACGCACACCGGCGAUAAACCGUACAAAUGUCGCCACGUGGGCUGUCAGAAGGCGUUCUCGCAGCUGUCAAACCUGCAGUCGCACUCGCGCUGUCACCAGACGGACAAACCGUUCAAGUGCAACUCGUGCUACAAGUGCUUCUCGGACGAACCAUCGCUGCUGGAGCACAUCCCGAAGCACAAGGAGUCCAAGCACCUGAAGACGCACAUCUGCCAGUACUGCGGCAAGUCGUACACCCAGGAGACGUACCUGUCGAAGCACAUGCAGAAGCACGCCGAGCGGACGGACAAGCGGCCACCGAUCGGGGCCCGGAGCAGCAACGCUUCGAUCAACCUGGCCGCUGGAAAUAGCAACAACAGUACCAGCAACAACAACUCUUCAUCGACCGCAACUACGGUCGUUCCACCGGCCAUGACAAAUUCCGGAGGAGGUAGUGGCGGCGCCGAGACUCCGUACUGGCCCAAGGUCAGUCCCGACUCGGCGGCCACCAUGACGGACGUCAUGCAACAACAACAGCAACAACAACAAUCCCAACAACAGCAGCAACACCACGACUUUAGCUUGACCCAGAACGGCACCAACCAAACUCCGAACGGUCACUCCAGCGGCGAUCUACACCACCACCGCGGCGAGGAACCCGUCGAAGAUCUGGUCGCCAGCGGCGGCCGUCAAAACGGAGGCGGAAUGAAUGGCACCGGGCAAAUCUCCCUCCCCCCGUCCUCAACCCCCAUGUCGGCCAGCGGUUACGACACCAGCAUAGCGACGAAAGCGACCUCCAACUCGGCGUUCACGCCGAUCCAGGCGAUGCCGCCCGGGCAUCUGAACAGUCUGCAGCACCACCAUCAGCAGUUGGCGCAGCGGCCGUCCUAUCUGUACGAUGCGAUUAGCUUCGGUCAGGGCCAGAAGUCGAUGCAGCAGAGUCCGUCGAACGCGUUCCCCAAUCAGCUGAUUUCGCUGCACCAGAUUCGGAACUAUGCGCACCAGCCGGGUGGGGGAGGCGGGGGAUUGAUGGCUGGGGAGCAUCUGCUGGGGGUGACGGUAGGCGCAGGGGGGAAGGAUAAGGGUUAA